GACAAACAGGCCGGUUUCGUUCGAUCGAUCGUUCAGUUCUCCGAGCGUCGUUCGAACGGCGAGAAGCAAAAAGCAAACCGCGCAGUUCCACAAGUCGAUUCAGCGAAGCGCCCCGAUUAAGUGCGAUCAUAAAUGUAAAUUUCUUUAUUUUAUUGGUGCAAGAACGAGUGUGGAAUCCUGAGAUUUUUUUUGAGGAUGUUGGUUCGAGUGAUGUUGGUGGCGGCCUGCCUUGGGCUGGUGGUUCAGGGUAGACAGACGCCUACCGGAAUCGAUGGCAGAGUGCUGGCCAAGCUGGACGGGAUGGCCACGGAGCAGCACCUGGCGGAUGCGGUCCGAUUUGGAGAGGAUGUCGUCGAGAUGGCCAAGCGGAUGGAGAGUAUGAUCGCGGGAUCUCGGGUUAAGGUUGUGAAGGGGUCGAUAACGCACGCGCAGAUCAUCGAUGGGUCUUCGACGGCGAGUUCGCAGAAGCAGGACUAUGUGGCGAGGACGGUGCUGAAGGCGAGUUCGUUCUUUUUGAACAGUUACUGCAAGCCGGGGGGGAUCCCGUCGGGGGAUUGUGGUGCGUACUUGGAGGGUGAGACGAUUCCUACUAGUAAGUUGCUGGACAAGUGCCAGAAGAUCGUCGAUCGCAAGACGUACAACGAUGAGUAUCGUCGACUGUUGGCGGCGAGCUAUCACGAUGGAAUUUACGAAUUUAGGAAGAGUGUGAAAGGUGGAGAGUUGCCCGAUCCGAGGAGUAUUUCGAGCAAGUUUCAUGGGGCUAAGGAAAAGAAGGACUCUACGCGUACUGUUGCGUUGGUUCAGUGGACGCAGUUUAUCGAGCAGGAUUUGGCCAAGACUACGGUCCAGACCAUGCACGAUGGGACGGAUAUUGAGUGCUGCACUGGUGAUCAUAGCCCGGUGCUGCCGAGGUAUCGCCAUCCUGCCUGCGCACCGUUGAUGAUCGCGGAAAACGAUCCUCACUACAAGACUCAGGGCGUGACCUGUUUGAACUACGUACGCAGCGCGCUGUCUCUGGGAAGUUCCUGUCAUCUCGGCGCGGCAAAUCAGCUGAACCAGGCCACCAACCGGUUAGAUCUGUCCCAACUGUACGGUAACCACAAAACGGAAACGAUGCCCCUCCGUACUCUACGCGGUGGUAAGCUCAAGUCCCAGGCAUUCGACUCGACGGAAUUCCUCAGCGAAAGUCUCGAUCGCAAGCUUUGCAUGACCAACGGAACGUUUGACGCGACCUGUUACCUAUCCGGCGAUACCCGCGUCAACGUGAACCCGUACGUCACCCUACUCCACACCCUAUUUCUUCGAUCGCACAAUCGCAUCGCCAAACACCUGGCCCUCGCAAAUCCGGCCUGGACCGACGAACAGCUGUUCGAAGUGGCUCGAAAGGUCAACAUAAAGAUCUAUCAAAGCAUCGUUCGCGACUGGUCACGGGCGGUUUUGGGCAGUUCGAUCAGCACCGUUGAUCACACGGCGGAGCCACGCGUAAGCAACGAAUUCGCAUCGGUCGGCAUUCGUUUCUACAACACGAUGAUGCCCGGAGAAAUCGCCAAUCCGGUUGCGUCCGGUCGAUACGAGUUGGACGACCUGUUUUACAAACCGAAAGACCUCCGCAAGAAGGAGUACUUCGCCCAUCUGAUCGCUUCCGUGCUGCAGCAAAACGCCAUGGCCGUCGACACCAGCUACGUUGACGAUCUCGCCCAGCAGCUGUUCAAAACCAAGAACGUGGGAACCGACGGACUCGCGCUGGACAUCCAGCGAGGUCGCGAUCACGGCCUCAGUCCCUACACCAAGUAUUACAACCUGUGCAACGCUCCUCGAUCGAUCAACUCCUGGUCCGACCUAUCUCCCCUCAUGACCCCGGAAGACAUCACCGCCCUACAAUCCGCAUACUCCUCCGUCCACGACAUCGACCUGAUCAUCGGAUCACUUGCCGAGAAACCAACCCACCCAGAAGCAACCGUUGGCCCAACGCUGGCCUGCAUCAUCAAGGACCAGCUCGCCAACUCCCUCACCCCAACCCACAAACAACACCCCGUCGACGACGCCGUGGCCAACUACUCGCCGGCACGGUUCCUCUGCGACACCGCCCAGCUGAAGCAGGUCCAGCGGGACAUCUUCCGCCUCCCGUCCGAAUCCACCAACAACCCGAUCGUACCCUGUUCGCAGCUUCCCGCGCUCGAUCUGAGCGGUCUGCGAGACGCCAAAGUGUGAAGAUCAAUAAUUUAUGAGCGACGACGACGAUCGCGCAGUCAACAACAACAAAACAAUUUUCUCGUUUGUUUACGCGCGUUCACCUUCAAAGCAUUUUUAGAGAGUAGCGAUCAUGACUGCAAGACAACGUGGUGUUGUCUAGAACUUAAGCUAGCUUUACGAAUUUAAUUUAAAGACAUUUCAAAUAAAGCCCGUAUUGUAAUCUGUAAA